AUGGUCAAGUUCGGCGCGCGCUUCGAGGAGAGCCGCCUGAAGCGGCGCUGGUCCGCCUACGCCGUCGACUACGAGCGCCUCAAGCUGCUGCUCAAGGUCGCGCAGACCGCUCAUUACGCGAAACCGGCGCACGUCAAGCUGUCCAACUUCGGGCGCGACGCGUCGAGCCGGGGCCUGCUCGACUUCGUCGCCGCGAAGCGGCCCAUGGACGCCUUCCUCGCCGCGGGCCUCGACGGCGCCGAGCGCGCGGCGCUCGAGGCGGCGCGCCAGAGCUCCGUCGUCGCCGCGCUCGAGGGCGACGACGACGAGGCGGCGCCGCGGCGCGGCGCGGGCCACUGGACGCGCGCGCUCUUCGGCGUCAAGGACGCGUCCUGCGCCUUCCUGCUCCACGGCUUCGACGUCGCCCUGGCGGGCGAGGUCGCCGAGGCCGAGUCGCUCUACCGCCGCGAGGUCGAGGGCCUCGAGCGGCGCUGGCGCGCGCUCAAGCCGUCGUGCGUGGCCAAGGCGUCCGGGCCGCUGCGCCUGAGUUUGGCGGCGCUGGACAGCGAGGCGCGGGAGCUCGUGGACUUCCGCGCGUGGAAUCUGGUCGCGUGCGGCAAGAUCUGCAAGAAGCGCGACAAGAUCUUCAAGGACGAGGCGCCGAUCCGGGACCGCGUGCGCGCGGCGCUCGACGGGCGGGCGUGCUGGGUGCCCGGGUCGCUGGACGCGCUGCUGCGGGACCUCGCGGCGGCGUCGCCGAGGCGGAGCUGA